CAGCAGCACAAAGCAGCUCAGACAAGCCGGUGAUUGGAAGCGCGCAUUUAAGCAGAGUAGUGGACAAUUGAACAAAAGGUGCAUAAAAUACAAAAGGUUGUCAUCUUUUUCUAAAUCGAGAUGUCCUACAAAAUCGAACAGUUACCCAACUCCUAUGGCUUGCUUGGUGAAGGACCUCAUUGGGAUAUUGAAACACAGAGUCUAUACUUUGUAGACAUCGACAAUGCCAAACUCUUUCGCUAUGAUCACCAACAGAAUAAAACCUACAGUGCAAUAAUUGAGGGUGAAAAAUUCGCCUCCUUCAUUAUACCCGUCGAAGGAGAAAGCGGCAAAUUCGCUGUGGGUUGUGCGCGCCGUGUCGUGGUUGUUGCUUGGGAUGGUGUAUCACCCAUUGCCACGGUAGCACGUGUUGCCUAUGAAGUGCAACCGGGUGACGAGUUUUCUAAGAAUCGUAUAAAUGAUGGAAAAGCUGAUCCACGUGGACGCCUCUUUGCUGGUACUCUGUAUGCUGAGGAGUUGAUGGCGAAGCGUGCUGGUGAGCUUUAUAGAUUUGAGAAGGGCAAGCCCAUUGCAAUGCUUAAGUCGAACAUUGGCAUUUCAAAUGGAUUGGCAUGGAAUGAAAAAACAAAGAAGAUGUAUUACAUUGAUACCAGCGAUUUCGAGGUCAAAGAAUAUGACUACGAUUUUGAGACGGGCGCGGCAAGUAUAGGUAAUCCGACUGUGGUCUUCAAGCAUCCCGAACAUUGGCCUGAUGGCAUGACAAUUGACUCUGAGGGCAACAUUUAUAUUGCCACAUUUACGGGACACACUGUGUAUAAGGUCAAUCCAAGCACUCGUGAAAUUCUUUUGGAAAUUAAGUUGCCCACCAAGCAAAUCACUUCCGUGGCCUUUGGCGGACCUAAUCUGGACAUUUUAUUUGUGACUUCUUCGGCAUAUUUCGAUGAACCAGCGCCAGCCGGAGUUACCUUCAUGGUGACUGGCUUGGGAGUUAAGGGACUGCCAAUGUCGAAAGUGCGAAUUUAAAUCGAGUUGCAUUCAUAUUUAUGAGAAACCUAAUUUUAGAUGGAAUGGUUUUGCUCUGAGGGCGAUUAUAAUUUGAAUCAAAAUUUAUGAUUUUUAAUUUUUAAUUUCUUUUUUUUUUCUAAAAGCCCUAAGCACAUAUUUUUAUUAAUAGUUUCAGAAUUUUAAUAAUAAAAGAGAAGAGAAUUUAUUUUAAAUUAUUAACUAAACAACAAAUAAAAGAAAA